AGAGAAGGGCAGAGAGAGAAAUCUGCAUAGUGGAUGGAGAGGGCAGGAUUUCACUGACAGGAGGAACAUUUGGUGCAGUGCUGAAACUUCUUCUCCAAACACAGCUUCUUCUGCCUAGAGGUUGCCACGACUAUGGCCACAGGGUACCUAUGAGAAGGUGACAGAGACACUGACAAAAGGACUCCGCAAACCUCUGGUAUACUAUUGGAGUUUGGUACUUCAGCAUCAUGGGUUGCAAAACAAGAUCCAUGCAUUGUGUCUUGCAGUGUCUGUGCUUCAUGCUCCUUCACUUGUCUUGUACAGCACAAGAUGAGGACAUGAGAUUCAGUUGUAAAACUGUUGCAAGCGAUUUGGUUUUCAUCCUAGACGGCUCGUGGAGCGUAGCCGAUGUGAACUUUGAAAUAGUCAAGCGAUGGCUGGUCAACAUCACCUUGAGCUUUAACAUUGGACAGAAGUUCACCCAGGUCGGAGUGGUCCAAUAUAGCGAUGAUCCUAUCAUUAAUAUCCCUUUAGGGAAGUAUGCGGACAGCAAGAAACUCAUAACAGCCAUGGAAUCCAUUGAAUACAUGGGCGGUAACACCAGGACAGGAACUGCAAUACAGUUUGCGACCAACAAACUGUUUAACCUUUCAGAGCGAAGCCCAAAGGGCAUUGCUCGAAUUGCUGUUGUACUAACAGAUGGAAAGUCACAAGAUGAAGUGAAAGCUGCUGCAGAGGAAGCCAGGAGAAAAGGAAUAAUCAUCUUUGCAAUUGGUGUAGGCGCUGAGACUGAAGAAGCAGAGUUGAUAGCUAUUGGAAACAAGCCAUCCUCCACCUACGUGUUUUAUGUAGAUGACUAUAAAGCUAUUUCCAAGAUUCGUGAUACCAUAAGGCAGAAAAUAUGUGAAGAGUCGGUUUGUCCAAACAGUAUCCCGGUUGAACACGGCGACGUGAAGGGCUUUGAUGUUCUACAAUAUCUUAAUCUGGCCAAAAAGAUAAUAAAAACUCAAGGGUCUUUGUAUGGUACCAAAACCUUCCGUGUGACGUCUCAAGUUGACUUGAGUGAAACCACAAACAACUUGUUUCCUGAUGGCCUGCCCCCAUCAUAUGUCUUUGUAUCCACACUGAGGUACAAGGGAUCUCUGAUACGGGAAAAGUGGGACCUUUGGAGGAUCCAGACCAGUUAUGGAAAACCACAAAUGGCUGUGACCCUAAACGGUUUGGAACGCAAUGUAAUAUUCACUACGACCAGUGUAGCACCCAGCGGUACUCAGACAGUGGUCUUCCAACGAGGUCCUGCCAAGAAACUGUUUGAUGAAAACUGGCACCAGCUUCGGCUACUAGUCACUGAGCAGGAUGCAACCCUAUAUGUUGAUGACCUGGAAGCUGAAACUCAGUCACUGGAACCCCCAGUUGGUAUCUUCAUCAAUGGGAAGACCCAGAUUGGGAAGUAUGUCAGCAAAGAAACAACUGUACCAUUUGAGAUAAUGAAACUCAGGAUAUACUGUGACCCUGAGCAGAACAACCGUGAGCUUGCCUGUGAAAUACCUGGAGUUUGUACCAACGGCCCUAGUGACAUCGACGUGGAACCUACUCCAGAAGCCUGCACGUGCCCGCCUGGACCUCCCGGCCUUCCAGGAAUAAAGGGGGAAGGAGGAACAGUGGGGGGGACUGGGCCAACUGGUCCUGCUGGAGCUGAUGGUAAGCCUGGUGUCCCUGGCAGCCAAGGGAUUCCUGGGCAACGAGGUCAUCCUGGGGUGGAGGGUCGACGAGGUGCUGAUGGCGACAAGGGAGAAAAAGGAAGGCCUGGUGAUUCGGGUGAAAGAGGGUUUCCGGGAUUACCUGGUCCACAUGGCCAAGCAGGUGAAAAGGGCCCUAAAGGUCUUCGAGGAGAACCAGGACUUCCAGGCAAAGAUGGCCAAGUGGGAGAAAAGGGUGACCGAGGACUACCUGGGCCAGUGGGACAACCUGGAGAAGUAGGUUUACCUGGAAGAGAUGGAAAAAAUGGACUUCCUGGACAAAUCGGUCAAAAGGGAGAAGUUGGAGAAGCUGGCAUCCCAGGAUUGGAUGGAAGGGAAGGCCAUCCUGGUAUGCCUGGUGUAUCAGGAGAUGUGGGGCAGAGUGGAACCAAGGGAGAAGCUGGUCUGCCAGGACAGAAGGGUGCCAAAGGCUUACCUGGUACAUCGGGUGCCAAUGGCUUUCCUGGUGAACCUGGUCUAUCAGGACAAACUGGCGCUAAGGUUACAGGUAGCAAAGGUGAAGGUGGACUGCCAGGUCAACCAGGAGUUCCAGGAAAGGAGGGUAAGUCAGGUGAACCAGGAAGCACAGGUCAGCCAGGACACCCAGGAAUGCCAGGCCUGACAGGACCUAAGGGACAAAGGGGUCAUCCAGGUGAACGAGGAGAAGCGGGGCUGAAAGGAGAAAAAGGAGAUAAGGGGAUUCCAGGGAAUCAUGGCUCUACCGGUUCCUUAGGACCAAAAGGGGAGAAAGGGACAACUGGGGACCCCGGCCUGAGGGGACUGGGGGGUCACCAAGGACAGCCAGGAUUACCAGGGCAGACAGGCCCAUCUGGGCCUCGAGGACAGACAGGGGAUGUUGGCCCUUCUGGGCCACCUGGAGUAGAGGGGAGACCAGGAAGGGAGAUGUCCAAGCAAGUCAUUCAGCAAAUAUGCAGAGAGGUACUUAGAAUGGAGAUGCCUUCACUACUUCUCAGCAACCAGGAGCCAAGUAACUGUGACCGAUGCCAGACCAGGGAGGGGACUCCCGGGGCACCAGGCCCAGUCGGGCCCCAGGGAUCAAGGGGUUUCACUGGGAACCCUGGUGUCAGUGGACAGCCGGGCCAUCCAGGGCGACCGGGGCGUCCUGGGCCGCCUGGCUUGAAAGGAGAUCAAGGAAUACAGGGUGAAAAGGGAAGUCAAGGAAGAACAGAGUUUGGAGAUCCAGGAGCGCCAGGGCCUCCAGGUCCAAUGGGUCCCCAGGGUUAUAGUAGACCAGGUCAUCCAGGGAAGCCAGGACCGCCUGGCCGGAACGGGGAGGACGGCAAAAGAGGUAACCCUGGGGUCCCCGGGCAACCGGGCGUGUGUCAUCUAAGCAUGUGUUAUGGUGUUAUGAUGAGGAGCAGGGAUCCUUUCAGUAAAGGUCCUAACUAUUGACCCAACAUGGCAGCAGGCAGGCAAACGAACAGUCUGGAGUUGAUGCAUAACGCUCAAAGAAAAACAGCUAGUCUUUCCAUUCUCAGGAAGAUCACCUUUUAAAGUGUUUCCCCUCAGUCAAGAUAACAGGAAGUACCUCUUAACAUGUACGUACAUGCCCUUUCUCAAGGCCUUUUUAUACCUGGUUGUAAUCUGUCCUUGAAUGUGGACAAGAUCUGUCCAGAUCUUGUCCACAUUCAUUGUCUCUUUUGUCCACUUCAUUUAAUCACAAGUUGGUGCACAAUUUCCACUUUAAUAUAUCAAAGGUAUGCAAAAGGGACUCAUUUUGUGGAACCUUCCAGGUAUAAACAGGGCUUCUAAGUAAAGGUAUUGCAUCUCUCACAAUCUGCUUUUUGUUAUGGGCUCCAUUUUGCUUCAAAGAAGGACAGUAAUUGCAUGUGCAUUUGGUUGAUAUUGGGUGGCAGUGGUCGGUUUCUGGGACAACACUUUUUCAGAAGCAUCCAGUGUUAACUAAUACCGCAAGGCUUUGUUGGCAAUCAACUUGGACAAUGCUGCUGGUACAUUUUCUUGCUAUAGACUGCCCCCUGGUGUUGGUUUUUGCAUCAUACUUUCUGAUUGGUCACCCCAAACAUUUUCUUUUUUCAGACCAUGUGGUUAAAUUGUUCACUGUUUCAUAAAAAAAAAAAAGCUUUCUAAUUAUGAAUGCAAUGUUAAAAAUCUGUGUAAUGUUUAUUAUUUUUUAUUUGAUAAAUAUGGUUUUAGUUUUUUUUAUUAUUACCAAGUUUUAUGUAAAAACUGUGAGCUGGCUAUCUCUAUAAUUGAUGCAGCUACGUUCAUGAAACAUUUAGAUGAAUAAAAAUAUGGCAAAAUCUACAUUUAAAAAAAUAUUAACCUUGCGAGCAUUACUGCAAUUAGAGAUACUUCAGCAAUGUUAUUCUUAGAAAAGGAUUAUUUAACAAUAACAACAAUAGAAAAUACCUAGUAGAUUGAUAUUAUUCAUAACAAUAUUGUAUUCCUGGGAAAGCCUACAUACUUCAUGUCAAAACAGUAAGGGCAAAAAGAAACCUGUUGACAUCUUUACUUCAAGUUUGCUGUGGCUGUUGCAAAUUAUCUGUUGUUCUCCCAUAUACUGUAUGACAUUUAUGUGCCAAAGUACCGUACUUUUCAUGAUCUUACCAUUAUUAUUAUUUCUAAUUAUUUUUUUGUUAUUUAUAAAAUUGAACUAAUUUACUGUGCCUGGUCAGACCUUGGUCUGGUUUUG